AUGAACGAAAAUAUAAAAGUUUUUUUAAGAAUUAAACCUAAUGUUGAAAAUUUUUCUAAACUAAAAGAUGAAGAAUGUGCAAUUUAUAAAGUAAAAAAUAAUCAACUCCUUUUAUUCGAAAAUAAAAAAAGUUAUAAUGAUAUGAGUGAAAUCAUAACAAAAACUUUCAAUUUUAAUCAUGUGUUCGAUGCUCAUAAUAAUCAAAAUGAUAUUUUCCAGUUAAUUGGGAAAAAUCUCAUAAACAAUUUUAUAAAUGGAUAUAAUAGUUCAAUAUUAGCAUAUGGAAAUACAAAUAGUGGAAAGACCUAUACAUUAUAUGGAGACAGAACCGAUUCAGAGAGUAUAGAAAACAAUGGACUAAUUUACUAUUCUUUAAACUAUUUUUUUCAACUACAAAAUAUAAAUAAGAAUAUGGAAAUUUCUAUAUCCAUUGUAGAAAUUUAUUUGGAAAAAACAAGAGAUUUGGGAAAAAUAUUUCAACUAUCUCAAUUAUCAACAACUACUGACGAAACAAUUAAUUACCACUCAAAUUUUCAUGAUAAUAUUGUUAGAGAAGACAAAAAAGGAAAUACCUACGUGGAAAACAUUACACUCCUUCCAGUGAAAAAUAUUGAAGAUGUUAAGAAUGUUAUCAAUUUAUGUUUUAAAUAUAGAAAAACUUACGCAACAAAAAAAAAUUUAGUGUCCUCUAGAUCCCACUGUCUUUUAACUGUUUAUCAGCACAAUAUAUCCAAGGAAAGAGAAUUUUUCUCUCAAAUUAAUUUCAUCGAUUUAGCUGGUUCCGAAAAAUUUAACGAUAUAAAAAUGAUCAAUAAAAAGGAGCUUAUCAAUAUCAACAAUACAUUGUCUGUUUUAAAUCGAGUUAUUAUCUCAUUAAGCACAAAAAAUAAAAUAGCCAAAAAUAUAAAUAGGACAAAGACAAAUGAUAAAUUUAAAAACGACAUCGAAAAUUCCUAUAAUGUACAUAUUCCAUAUAGAGAUUCCAAGUUGACAAGGCUUUUAAAAAAUAGUCUUAAUGGAAACUCAUUCAUGUAUAUUUUAAUUUGCUUAAAUCCGAAUUGUCAUAAAAUAGAAGACUUUAUAAAUAGCUUAAUAUUUUCAAAGAGGUGUAAAAUGAUCAAACAAAAAAUAACAAAAAACAAAAUAAGUAGCAAUUCACCAAAUUCAGAUAAUAAUAAAAGUCUUUCGUCGGAAGAAGAAUAUGAAAGUUUUGACUCAAAUUUUGAGAAUCUUCAAUUUUUAAAAAAAAAUAAUAACAAUGAUGAUAAGACCAAUGAUAUUCUUAUUAACCCCAAUAAUUAUAUUUAUAAUUUAAAAAAAAAUAAUAAAAAAUUCAAAAUAAUAAACCAUACUAGCGAUAUGCUGAUAAAUAAACUCAUGGAAUUAUUUACAAGCAUAAUCAGACACAAGUAUAAUAACUUAAUUAAAAAAAAAAAUGAUAUAAUUAACAAUUUAAUCAAAGUUGUUAAGGCAGAGGAAAAUAAUAAAGAGCAAUUAAAAAAUAAUCAUAAUUAUUUAAUAAAUCUUUUAAAAAAAAAAAAAAGUAAAUUAAAUAAAAAUACACAAUAUUUAAAUGGCAUCAUAUAUUCUAAACAAAAAGAAUCUAACACUAAAUACAAUCCUACUAUUGGCCAAAAUUAUAUUAAUAAUAAUCAAAAUAUAAAAGACUUAGAAAAAAAAAAUAAUAUUCCCCUUAGUCUAAAUAAUUUUAAUGCUGCUUCAUCUAUGUCUUACCAAAAUGUGGAAAAUUAUUCCUCUUGUGUUAAAAUCGAAGAAAACCAUUUUUUGCCCAUUUCCAAAAGUAUAUCAAUAAAAAAAAUGGAUAGGGUUAUACAAUAUACCAACAUAGCCACAUCUCCAAUUCAUACCAAUACCGAUAUAACCGCUCCAAACACAUCAUACUUAUAUGAAAUCAUGAACCAAAAGAAAAAACAAAUCGAACAAGUUUACACAGAUAUUAAUAAAAUAUUUCAAAUGGAGGCUAACAAAUUAAACGACAAAAUUAAUAUUAUUUUAAAAUUAAAUUAUUUAAAUGUAAUAUUAUUUAAAAAUAUUCAAGUGUUAGCAAAUAUUUUAAAAAAUGUAUACAAUAAUAAAUAUAGUUUAAUACUAAAAAAUGGGAAAAAAAGUCUAAAUAUUACAAAUUACAAUUAUGAAAAAUUAAAACAAACAUAUGACACACUUAUUAUAGGUACGCAGUUAAGUAAUCUGCAAGAUGAAAAUUGUUCUUUAAAAAAUCUAAAUCAAAAUAUUGUUUCUAUAUAUCACCAAAUAAAUGAAAAAUAUAAUCAAAACCUUAUCUCAAAGGAAAUAUGA